CUUCGGUUUAGUCACGCCUCUUUGGACCCUCAUUCAGAGAGACCAGCAUACGCCAGGCAUCUACUUUCUGUCGUGGAUGCUUGUCGGUUUUUUGUUUUUUUAAACGACUUCAGUAGUUUACGGUUGUUUUCUUCGGCUCGUGCACAUUUGCUAACGGGCUACAAAAAGUGUCUCAGUGUUGGGCUGGUGACUUGAUCUUCGAGAACAUUUCACAGUAGCAUGAAGUAUCCUUUGAGUGUCCCACCAUCAGCAUGUCCUCAGACGCAUCUUCUCCUGUGAAGUCCACCACCCCUCCUCUGUCCCCGCUGUCCCCAGUCUCUCCAGUUUCCCCCAGCUCUCUGCGUCUGCCCCCCUGUCGUCAAAGAGACCGGUCACCCUCCCCCAUGAGGGGCCACCUGAUUCCCAGCCCCCUGCCCACCCGCCGCAACCGCACCUGCUCAGCUGCAGCACGUGCGGCUGAGGGGCCGGUCUUCACUGGGGUCUGCAAGUGCUUUUCACGUUCUAAAGGGCAUGGUUUCAUCAGGCCAUCAGAUGGAGGCAAUGAUAUCUAUGUGCACAUAUCUGACAUCGAGGGUGAAUAUGUGCCUGUGGAAGGAGAUGAAGUUAGCUACAAGAUCUGCUCUAUUCCACCCAAACAUCAGAAGAUCCAGGCCGUGGAGGUGACCAUCACUCAUUUAGCUCCAGGCACGAAGCAUGAGACCUGGUCUGGAGCGGUGCUUGAAUCAUGAGAUGCUCUGUAACUCUGAACUGUGUGAUAGUUAUGUCAAAAUGGGUUUCUGUUCCUUUUCUGGUGGUUUGGUGUGUGGGGGGGGGGGGGUCUGACUGAAUGAAUGCCUUUUAAGUGCUGUGUGACAUGACGCCACAAUUCCAAGAAAAAUAUAUAUAAAAAAAAAAGUUUUUUUUUUUCCCUUUCUUUCUUUGGUCUCAGGAAGGGAGUUUGUUUAAAAUUCUCUAUUACUGGGUUUGUGGUUAAUAAUGUGGAAUGAACAACAGUCAGUUAUACUUACCCUAACCGUCAUUGUUUGAUUUGAAUGCUCUUAAGAACUGACUGCACACUCUUAAUAAUAAGCCUUAAUGCAUAUCUAAAUCGCUAAAAUAUGUGGAAUUCCAUUUUUUUUUCAUUGAAAAAUAUUUGUCUGUGUCUACAUUGUCAAAAUAUAUAAUUUUAAUAAUU